AUGUCUUCAAUAACCGUUGCAAGCAUUCCGCGUAUAACCCGUGAAGCUCUAGCGGAGAAAUUGAAUUCGGGCACACCCUCUCAAGAAUUGGCCAUUGUUGAUGUCCGUGAUUCAGACCAUAUUGGUGGCAACAUCGUCACUUCCAUCUGGGCUCCAAGCGAACAACUCGAUGCGCGUGUACCUGAGCUUGUCCUCAAUCUAAAGGAUCGUAAGACAGUUGUUUUCCAUUGCAUGCUUAGCCAGCAGCGUGGUCCGUCUGCUGCUUUAAAAUAUGCGCGUGCGCGUGCGAGCAAGUACCCCGAUGUAUACUCUGAUCAAACCAUCUAUAUUUUGGAGGGUGGGUUCUUGCAAUGGGGACAAAAGUAUGGCAAGGACUCAAGCCUUACGGUGGGAUUCGUGGAGGAUAUCUGGGAUGAAUACUAA